AUGCCUUCAGUCAAGCGCAGUCGUAUGGAAGACGUUCAUGAAGACGGAGAUGCAAAUAUCAUUGGCGGUCACCCCAGCGCCCGAUCGAGACUGUUGGAGCCCUUGGUCUAUUCCGGAUCCUUGGACAGCUUCAGACAGCAAGACUUGACCCCAGUCAUUGGAAGAGAGUUCGAAGGUCUUCAAGUGACUGACCUGCUUCGAUGGGGCGAUGCUAUGAUCAAAGAUCUGGCAAUAACGGUCUCACAACGUGGCGUCGUCUUUCUGCGGGAUCAAGAUGUUACGCCAACUCAGAUGAAAGACCUGAUGUUGCGGAUCACCGAGUUGUCAGGCUGUCCUUCGUCCUCUAGUUUACACGUACAUCCUCUUACCGAGGAGGGAUCUGAGCUCGGCGACCAGAUCUCUGUCAUAAGUAGCGAAAAGCAAAAGAAAGGUGGCGGUCUCACUCACCAGCUCUCGGACGUAUCUCGCCUUGCAUCUGCGGGCUGGCAUAGCGACAUCACAUUUGAGCCAGUCCCAUCGGACUAUGCGAUGUUGAAAAUCCACACCUUACCCGCAACGGGCGGUGAUACGCUCUGGGCUUCCGGCUACGAAAUCUACGACCGUCUCUCUCCUGCCAUGCGGUCGUUUUUGGAGGGCCUGACUGCGACGCAUGAUGCGAAGUUCUUCCUGGAUGAGGCAGCGCGAUUAGGAAACCCACUCCGGAAGGAUGUGAGAGGAAAUCCAUUGAACCAAGGUGAUGUCCUCACAGCCACACAUCCGGUCAUUCGCACGAACCGUAAGUUUGACGUUGCUCUUGCGCUGCAGUCGCUGACUUAUCGUGCAGCCGUAACCGGCUGGAAAUCAGUAUACGUGAAUAAAGGAUUCACGAAACGCAUCAAUGGCGUCACGAAGGACGAAUCCGAUCUCAUCUUACCGUACUUGUUCAACCUUGUGACGCAAAACCACGAUGCGCAGGUACGGUUCAAGUGGCGGCCGAACGAUCUGGCUAUCUGGGACAAUCGAAGUACGUGGCAUUGCGCAACGUACGAUUACGAAGAGGCCAGAGCGGGUGAUCGUGUCUGCAGCUUGGGCGAAGCACCGUAUCUGGAUUUGGGGAGUCAGGGGAGAAGGGAGGCUUUGGGUCUGAGAUAG